GCUGGCUCAAUCCUGGAGAGAACAGUGCAGACAACAUAUCCUCAACUGGCAAGCACCCAGAAGCUCCCUCCUUUGUUUUACCGUGCUGUUGGACACACCUUUGCUCCAGGUCAUGCCAGUGAAAAGAGUUGCAGUGAUUGGAGCUGGGGUCAGUGGUCUAAGUGCCAUUAAGUGCUGUUUAGAAGAAGGACUGGAGCCUACCUGCUUUGAAGAAAGCAAUGACAUUGGGGGACUAUGGAGAUAUGAAGAAAAAUCAAAAGAGGGGAGACCCGCUAUCUACAGAUCUCUAACCUGCAAUACUUCUAAGGAGAUGACAGCUUUUAGUGAUUACCCUUUUCCUGAUGAUUAUCCCAACUACAUGCACAAUUCCAAAAUGAUGGAGUACUUACGAAUGUACAUCAAGCAUUUUGAACUUCUGAAGCAUAUUCAAUUCCUGUCAAAGGUAUGCAGUGUGAGGAAGCGCUCUGAUUUUUCCUCCACUGGCCAGUGGGAUGUUGUGGUAGAGGCUGACGGGAAGCAGAAAUCCUACAUCUUUGACGGGAUCAUGGUUUGCAGUGGCCAUUUUACUUGCCCUAAUUUGCCACUGAAAGACUUUCCAGGAAUCAAGAAGUUUAAAGGACUCUAUUUCCACACCUGGGAAUAUAAGAAUCCAGAGAAAUUUUUAGGGAAAAGAAUCAUUGUGAUUGGCAUUGGGAAUUCUGGAGCUGAUGUGGCUUGUGAGCUCAGUCGUGUGGCUAAACAGGUGUUCCUCAGUACAAGGCGAGGUACUUGGAUAUGGAACCGUGUUUGGGACAAUGGGAAUCCCAUGGACACUGUACUCUUCACACGCCUUUAUAACAACAUCAGUAAGUGGCUAACAACCUCCAUGAUCAACAACUGGGUAGAGAAUAAACUCAAUUCCAAGUUUAAUCACACAACUUUUGGUCUUCAGCCUCAGCACAGGUUUCUGAGUCAUCAAGCUACUUUCAGCGAUGAUAUGCCCAACCUCAUCAUUUCUGGGAGACUGCUGGUGAAACCAAAUGUGACAGAAUUCACUGAAAACACAGCUAUAUUUGAGAAUGGUACCGAAGAGGAGAUUGAUGUUGUGAUUUUUGCCACGGGAUAUACAUUAGAUUUCCCUUUCUUGGAAGACGACUUAAAAAAUAAUGACAUCCAUAACUCCUCAUAUAAGUUUGUAUUUCCAUCUUUUCUUGAGAAGCCAACGCUAGCUUUUAUUGGCAUAUUCCAACCAAUAGGAGCCACCAUUCCUACAUCAGAACUCCAGAGUCGUUGGGUUGUACGUAUAUUUAAGGGAUUGAACAAAUUACCUUCGCAGAAAUAUAUGACAGCAGACAUUAACUGGAACAGAAGCAAACUGGAAAAACAGUUUUUGUCAAGCCCACGUGAUUCUAGUCGAGUACCAUAUGUUCAGUACAUGGAUGAAGUUGCUUCUGAAAUUGGCGUCAAACCUAAUGUGUUCUUUCUCUUUCUCCGGGAUCCCAAGCUGGCCUUAGAAGUUUUUUUUGGUCCCUGCACCCCGUACCAGUACCGCCUGAAGGGACCUGGGACAUGGGCAGGGGCCAGGGCAGCCAUCCUCACUCAAAGGGAACGAAUUAUCAAACCCAUGAAAACUCGAGUCCUCAACCAUAACCAGCCUCCAUCCUCUAAGUUAUCUUGGCUAUUAGGAACCUGUCUUAGCCUAGCUCUAUUUAUCUUUGUUUUUGUAAUGAAUAGAUAACACUGGCAUCAUUCUUGCAAACAGCAACACAGAAAAUUAAGGUGUAAUUAGGUGACCACUGGUUUCUGCUUGGUUUUGACCAAACCAUAGUAGCUAAGCAUCCUGUAUUGCUAAAAUUUCUCGUGCAGUUUACGAAGUUCACAAAAUAGUCUUCAAUUAAAGUCUAUGGCUACUUGAUCAAGGAUUUUUUCCAAGUUUCUAGAGAGAGAGGUUUUCUUUCUUUCUUAUUUUUAAAUGCCUUUCUACAAAAGCAUUUAAGAAAAAAAUGUGAAUAGGGAUUCCAGGCACACUGGAAUCUGCCUAAACUUAUCUUUUCAUUAACACCCAAAUUACCUACAGUUUUCACCUGGCUAUAUCCCACUUUUGCAAAACAAAUCAGGGUCCAAUAAAGAUAGCAGCUUCAAAUAACCUAGAGAGUUUCAAUAGUAACUGAAUGAUAUCACCCAAAAAAUUCCCCAUGCACUGUAACUAUAUUUCUUUAAAAUCAUAAUAAUAAUAUAUAGCUUUUAUUUAGUCCUUUAAGUUUUGCAAAGCACUUUACAUAUAUUAUCUCAUUUGAUCCUCACAACAAUCUUGUGAGAUAGGUAAUAUUAUUGUAACCAUUUGGCAGACAAGGAAAGUGAAGCAUAGCUAAAUGUCUUGCUCUGGGUCAUGCAGCUAGCAAGUGUUUGAGUGGGGAUCUGAACUCAGGUCUUUCUGACUCCAAAUCCAGAUUCAAUCAAAUCUGCAACCUAAUUGCCUAAUAUAAAUAUGAUGGGCUCCCUCUAAGUGAUUGGGCUUUAUUUUUACUUUCUUAUUUUUAAAGGAGGGAGGUAGUGCAGAAGUGCAGGAAGUAUUUGAAAAACUUGUAUUAUAAAGAAAAGCCUAGAAUCAAGAGGACUCUAAGCCUCAUUAAAAUAGAAGACAAGCUGGAGAGUAUCUAAGUGUUUGUGUUGUUGUUCAGUGGUGUCUGACUCUUCAUGACCCCAUGGAUCAUAACACAUCAAUACUGCCCAUGGCAUUU